AUGGAAAGCAAUGCUGGUACGUUGAAACAAGAAAUUGUAACGAUGGAAAUAGAGAACGAAGGGUUUGGUGAAGAUGAAAUUGACUUGUGUUAUGAGUUUGAUGCUCCUUGUUUCUUUGAUUUCACUGCACGAGAAACUCUGCUUCAGUCUCUCCAAGCUGAACGGUGGUUCAAUACUGCAACAACAUACGAUCAUUCCCCUGUUGUGGCAAAUCUAUUGAUGACAGAGGAGGUUCCGGUAACAAAAAAUACAACCAUUGUUCAUCAUCCCAAACCUAAUUUUCUUCAGCAUUUUGGGAUGACAUUUAACAGCAACAAAAUUGGCCAAGGUUUCAACUCUAAAACUAAAUCUACUGUGAUGAAGGGUCUAUCAACGCUGAUGAAACCUACUGCUAGUCAGUUGGCUAAGCAAAAUCGGCCCCUUCAAUUUGUUGGUUCAAGGUUUCAGAAGAUACAAGCUCUUAAAAAGAAGAUAAAUGUAGCUAACUCUACUGUGGUAGAGAGUCAAUCUGCCAAACGGCAGAAGUUAGAGGGUGGUCUCUUGCGCAAGGUUGGUGAUGUGAAGCAGCAACCUAAUUUUGUCCACAAGGCACCUAAGAAGAUUGUAACUUCUGAUCAAAACUGUGGACAUUCCAAGCUUAAUGCUACUCUUCCUAGAGUGUCUGGCCUAGAAACAUCUUAUACAUCACAAAGGAUUAGACCCAAAAAUGGUGCAGAAGCAGAACUCACGACACGGGCUGUACACAAGUUCAAAGCACGGCCGUUAAACAGAAAAAUUCUUGAUGCUCCUUCAUUACCAAUUCCCAAAAGGACCCCUUUCCGGUUGCCAGAAUUUCAAGAAUUUCACCUCAAAACAUCGGAGAGGGCCGUGCAUCACAAAUCUUCUACUUCAUUAUCUACACUUCCAUGCAAAGAUUCUGAUCAGAAUUUGGACAAACAUGCUACUGCUUCUGCUCCACAAAAUAGAAUUUGGAAUUUGAGAAGACCAUCUGUGAUGGAUGCUCCAAAGAAAAGUGUAUUGGACAGUAGGCAUGAAUUUAAAGCUCGGCCAUUUAAUAAGAAGAUACUUUCAAGUAAAGGAGAUAUUGGUGUUUUCCGCAACAUUAAGCAGGAAGCCACUGUGCCUAUGGAAUUUAAUUUUCGUACAGAAAAGAGGCUUCAGCAUAACCCACCAACGGAUCUCUUUAGUAAGCAGUUGUCACUAAGUGGAGACAAGCCAACUAUGUUCAGCAAGGAUUCAAAAGAAAAUAUGGGAACUUUUCAUCUGGCCCAAAAGGUAAAACCUUUUAUAUUUGGAGAGAAGAAAAUUCAUAGUGGGAGCGAGGGUUGCAUCAGUGGAGCUGGUACAGUAUUGAAUGCAAGGAGCUUGGGAAUGCGGUAA